UAAAAAUGAGUCCGACUGCUUUUUUAAAAUAUACUCAUCAGUUUGCUGCAAACUCUCAGAUUCCUGAGCCUCUUUCUUCCUCUCCCAUGGCUUCGUCUCUGUAAUACUCGAACAACAACAGCAGGAAGAAGCUCUGCAGAGGCAUAUAGCUCUUAAUGGGGUUGAUGCUCGUGAGCAGGCACCAAAAGAGUGGAGGCGGGCUCUCAAUCAGAUGGGUUUCUCUCUUCUGCAUUUUGAGCUUCUGUUUUGGAGUUCUGGUCGUUAAUAGGUUCUGGGGCAUUUCUGAUCCAGCUAAACUAGACAAUAAAGCUUCAUCACGUCAAGAGCAGAACCUUGAACUAAUUGCUAAUUGUGAAAAGAAGGAGGCUUCUAUUCAGACCGGAGAUAUCCUCACUCAAGUUUCUCAAACACAUGAUGUAAUCAUGACUUUGGACAAAACAAUCUCCUCUCUGGAAAUGCAGCUCGCUGCAGCUAGAGCUGCUAAAGCAGAUAAUCAAGAAGGAUCUUCAGUUGAUACAAAGCUAGGAACUGAGCAAUCUGAGCGCCAGAAGUUGUUCUAUGUUAUGGGAAUCAUUACUGCAUUCAGCAGCAGAAAGCGCCGGGAUUCGAUCCGAGAAACUUGGAUGCCCCAAGGAGAGGAGUUAAGGAAGUUGGAAAAGGAGAAGGGUAUUGUUAUUCGGUUUGUUAUUGGCCACAGUGCAACCCCAGGUGGUGUUCUUGAUCGUGCUAUUGAUGCAGAAGACGAGCAACAUAAGGAUUUUCUGAAACUGAACCAUGUAGAAGGGUACCAUGAGUUGUCUUCAAAAACCCAGAUAUACUUUUCAACAGCUGUUGCUAAGUGGGAUGCUGAUUUUUAUAUUAAAGUAGAUGAUGAUGUCCAUGUCAAUCCUGGUAUGGUAGGUUCAACUUUGGCACGCCAUAAGUCAAAACCUCGUGUUUACAUAGGCUGUAUGAAGUCUGGCCCUGUCCUGGCACAGAAAGGAGUCAAGUAUCAUGAACCAGAAUACUGGAAAUUUGGUGAGGAGGGAAAUAAAUAUUUCAGACAUGCAACUGGACAGUUGUAUGCAAUAUCCAAAGAUUUGGCUACUUAUAUUUCAGUUAACCGGCACAUCCUCCACAGAUAUGCAAACGAAGACGUUUCUUUGGGUUCUUGGUUCAUUGGUCUAGAUGUUGAGCACAUUGACGAUAGGAGCCUCUGCUGUGGAACUCCCCCUGAUUGCGAGUGGAAGGCCCAAGCAGGCAAUUCUUGCGGUGCAUCAUUUGAUUGGAGCUGCAGUGGCAUUUGCAAAUCAGUGGAGAGGAUGGAGGAAGUACAUCAACGCUGUGGUGAAGGUGAUGGGGCUAUCUGGCAUGCCAACUUCUGAAUCUCUCUUUGUAAUAUAUUUAGGUGUUACCUGUUACUGAAAUCAUGGUUUAAACGUUUCUAUUUCACCCGAAUUUUGCAUAUUGAUGUUUCGGGAUAGCUGUUGGGUCUUCAAAUCGAUUUGUUGCA